AUAUAGCACAUUGUUGCGUAUGACUACGUUCGUCCGCCAUUUUUCUCUGCAUUGGUCUCCUUUGUCUCUAUAUCACAUCAGCCACGAGAUGCUCUCACAAUACUCAGGACUAUUCUUCAGAAUAGUAAUUUUGGUUGGCAUUCAGUUCCAAUUUUCACCAGAAGUUGAUAAAGUAUCCAAUUAAAACCAUGGUGAUUGUAUAUCACAUUCUCUUGGUGAUGAUAUCGGCGAUCAUUUCAGUUUAUGCCAACACCACAAACACGAAUUUCGUCACCAUCAAGCAAUGCCGAAGACUUGACCAAUCUCAACCAAUCCACAGCUUAUGAAGAAACACCAUGCAUCUACCCAACCAUCGACAACCAGACCGAAUUCCAACUGAACUGCUCAGUGUACGGGGCGAUGCCAAAGGUUCCACUCUCUUGGACGACCGGGAGAACUAAUGUCGGGACGAACUACGACCUGACGUAUACGAUCGGAGAACGAGAAGACGGAACGUUUGAUCAGAUGCUGACGAUGACAGGGUCUGUGAAUGAGACUAAGAAUGGUACUGUCUUUACCUGUGUGGCUGAAGGGUUGUCUGUCGGUGGACUUGCGAACAGUUCCGUUAUAUUCUUCAAGACUGAACAUCAAUCUGAAGUUCCAAGUCAUGAGCCUACAGGCUCUACAAAUCCACUCGCACUAAAAAUUGCUUUACCGGUAGGACUUAUAGCUGUAGCCGUUAUUGUGGCAUUUUUCGUUUGGAGAAAUCUGAGGCGUAAAAGAAAAGAUCGAGGAAUACGUCUGAAGAAGGUGAAGAACUCCGCGGAUGAACAUGAUGAAGAGCAAUAGACGGGAUAAUUUCUAAAUUUUUUCACAAGCCAGAAUUUGUGAGAAAAGGUUGAGUGUUUGCAUAUUUGACUACGUGUCCUAAUAUAAUACUGCAUUGCUAAAUCAUGUCUAUAUUAUGGUUGUUCCACUUUAUAUGUUUGUCAUUUUGCCUCCGACGAAGAUUCUGCUAGGAUCGAAAGCUUAGGCCCCUUUUUGACUUUCUAAUUUACUCCAUUGGCUCUCUUUUAUUAGAUAAGCAGUUUUCAGCAGCUUCUUUUUGCCAUUGAUCUCCUAUUCUGCUGUUGUAUCACUCCCAUGUGAUCAUCCUUAUCUUAUUUGUCUUGUUUUAUCCAUAUAUGUUUGAUUUUCUGUAUUUGUAUUUUAGUGUUUUCUUGUUUACUUUCCUUCCAUAGUUAAACUUACUCACUAAUGCCCCCUUUGUCUCCUUGUUUCUAGUGUUGCUGUAGCUUGUUUGUGGUCUAUAUUAUGGUUGUUCCACUUUAUAUGUUUGUCAUUUUGCCUCCGACGAAGAUUCUGCUAGGAUCGAAAGCUUAGGCCCCUUUUUGACUUUCUGUUAACAAUUAUGUACAAAAUGUGGAGAUAAUAAUCUAAAAAUAAACAGUUUGCACCUGUCUACGAUUAUUAUCAAAUUGAUCUUUGAAGCCAUAAUGUAUUUGAACAGCUGGCAAUUUCGUUCGCUCUCAAUUCUGUCAAUAAGGCACUUAGUUGUUGUAAAGUGGG